GGUUACUAUGGAUACUGGCCGGGGUGGAGUUUACAGGAGGCGGAAGUGUUAACGCAGGCGGAAGUGGUACUGCCCUGAAUUCCCUGAGCAGCGAAACGGAGGACGGAUUGAUACUCCAAGCAUUUAGAGACAAAAAGUAGGACUCGAAAUAUAUUUAAAUUAUCGACAUGGAUAAGAGUGACCUAGUGCAGAAGGCUAAACUGGCCGAACAGGCUGAACGCUAUGACGACAUGGCAUCCUCUAUGAAGGCCGUCACUGAAGGUGGAGGUGAGCUGUCUAACGAGGAGCGCAAUCUGCUAUCCGUGGCUUACAAGAACGUGGUGGGUGCUCGCCGCUCCUCUUGGCGUGUAAUCUCCAGCAUUGAGCAGAAGACGGAGGGGAGUGAGAAGAAACAGCAGAUGGCACGAGAAUACCGUGAGAAAAUUGAGUCUGAGCUACAGGAAAUCUGCAAUGAUGUGCUGGCACUUCUUGAGAAGUACCUCAUACCUAAUGCUAGCCAGGCAGAGAGCAAAGUCUUCUACCUGAAAAUGAAGGGAGACUACUACAGAUACUUAUCUGAGGUGGCAUCAGGCGAUGAAAAAAAAUUAACAGUGGACCACUCUCAGAAGGCUUACCAGGAUGCAUUUGAUAUCAGCAAGAAAGAGAUGCAGCCUACACACCCUAUCAGGCUGGGGCUUGCGCUCAACUUUUCUGUGUUUUACUAUGAAAUUCUAAACACCCCAGAGCAGGCCUGCAGUUUGGCAAAGACGGCUUUUGAUGAAGCGAUCGCUGAGCUUGACACUUUGAAUGAGGACUCUUACAAAGACAGCACCCUGAUUAUGCAGCUACUAAGGGACAACCUUACUCUGUGGACAUCAGAAAACCAGGGGGACGAGGGGGACGCUGGAGAGGGCGAGAAUUAAAGGCAUUGCACUUCACUGUUUAAAUCCACCCACACUCUUGAUCUUACACAUACAGCCCAUAGUUCCCUACUCCAUCUACUUCACCCUAACUUGCCUUUCUGUAUGAUGAGCAGCAUGAAUUGUAUCUGACAUACAAGUCUCUGCCCCUCUGAGAUCAAGGCACAGGGUAAUGUUCGAUUCUUUGACGGCUGAGAUGUUUUGAACACGUCUGUUUGGAUGUCUUGUGGGAGGGGAGGGGGUGUUAAAUAUAGGUGUACUGUGGCCUAAUACUGCUAAUUUUUUAAAAAGGUAAUGCAUUAUACUAUAUUUCACUCCUCUCUAUCCUGUCUUCUCAGUGGUUUUAUCAAAAAACUUUAUUAAACUGUCCAUUUAAUUUAAUAAUCACUGUGAUGCUUAAUUCCCCCCUCCCUACUUCCUGGUUAAAUUGGAAAUAGCUUUAUUGGUAUGAGCAGUACAAUUCUGUCGCAACUCAUACAGAAAGGAAGUAAACAGGCUGUAUUGUGACACUGACUAAUAUGCAUUAUUACUGUUGUCAUGCAAUGUUCAUAAUUUUUUACUUUGCAUGAGUCCAAGAAUGAAAAUAAAAGGGACCUGAGGUUGUCAUUCCAGUUCUACAAUUUAACCAUGAUCUUAAACAUUCCAUUAGUAGGUAAUAUUAGACUUUUUCCAUGAAACUGGAGUGUUUAUCAUGAAGAACUGUCAAAGGGCAGUUAGGUGGUGCUGUUUAACACCAGUAAAACGUUCUUGAUGUCACUUCAACAUUUUUUCUUCAACAUUGAACACACUAUACAGUUACAUAAGGUGAAAAAUGUCUCGAAUUGAAAUGUAAUCCUACUUCAAAAAACAUUUAAAGAAGUUAGUUUCCAAGUCAUUUUUCCCUGUUAUUUCAUCCUUUCCCCAAAAAUGUUCAUGAUCAAUCAAUGCCUGUUCCCCCCUGUACUUGAUCCACUUCUGACCAUUCUAGUUAUGAUUUGACUGAGCUUGACAAUAUUCUCAUUUGUUGUGGAGCAUUUGUUCCAUCUUUGUCUUGGCCACUGAUUACACUUAGUUUUGGAAUAAAUUGCAGUCUCUGUGGUAACCAUGAGAACAAACCCACUGUGCUUUCACCUGUUUUUGAAAUAUUUUGCAUUUGCCUGAAUUUUCUCUUCCAGUUCAACUGUGUUCAAAUUAUAGAGGGUACUAUUGCUCUUUUAGGAAACUAGAGGAAUGUGAAGGGAGUAUUCCAGAUCUUCUCAUUCAGUGUCACAAUACCUUGUCACAUCAUUAACAUUCUACUUCGGUGUAGAACUCCUGUCUCCAACUGAAGACACAAUGUUCAUGCACUGAAGUAAAAACACGUCUCCCCAUAGCUGAACAAACAGUUAUUCUAUGCUUGAGAGAAAAAAAAAGUACAGUAGUGAAUGUGGAGCCGAGCCUGUCUGUAUAUCUGGUAUCUCAGAUCGCUUUUGUUUUUACUGACCAGUAUUCUGCCUCCAGUUAGCUUCUGUGAUGGUUUUAUCGCUUUAGCGCGCACGUGGUUGUGAAAAAAUUUAGAGUAGCUUGAAAGUCCCAAAUAAAAAAUAAAAAUGGAAAAAAAAAAAAUAAAUCCUAGUACAACCCUGGUUAUUGACGUAAUACUAGAUUUGUGUAUGUCUUUUAAACAGUUCUAGUUUCACCUUACAUGUUAUAAUCAGGAAAAGUGUAAACGACAAUUUAAAGUGAAAUAAAAGUUUUAUCGGUUCCAAAUUUG